AUGGAGCGCCCAGGCGCGCGCGGCCUGUCGCCCGCGGAGCAGCAGAAACGGCGCGCGCUGCUGGCCAAGAUCGCGCAGUUCCAGGCCAGAGGCGCCAUCCUACAGGCGGACGCACGCACGCUGCGCAGCCAGCUGCACGACAGCACGAGCGGCCAGUGGCGCGCCGUGGAGCUACGUCUGCAGCAGCUCGCGCGCAGCUGGAACCCGUACCAGGACGGCGGCGCGGCGGACAAGGCCGAGCUGAAGCUGAAGGAGAAGGAGAAGAAGAAGCUCGACUUCUACCAGCUCCUGGAGCUCGAGAAUGCCGCCGGCGUCUCCACGGACGACGUCAAGCGCCAGUUCCGCAAGCUGGCGCUGCUGCUGCACCCGGACAAGAAGCGCGCGAGUCGCAAGCGCGAGCGCGAGCGUGGAGCCAAAGUGGACGACGACGAGGACGUUGAGACGGUCGAGAGCAACGACGAGAAGCGGCGCGACGUGGACUCGACGCAGUUCGCGCGGCUGCGGCUGGCCUACGAGACGCUGAGCGACCCCGAGAGGCGCGCGGCCUACGACGCCAAGCUGCUGGAAGCCUCGCAGCCGCAGCAGUCGCAGGCGAUCGGUGAGGUGGUCAAGGACCAGAUCAAGCUCGAGGCCUCGACGGACUUCGCGUCGCUCGAGUGGAUGGCCCGCGUCAAGCACAAGAUGGACGUGAUGGCGCGCAUCGCCGAGUGGGCCAAGCUGCUGGCGCUGAACGCCACGGAGCUGCGCUUCGAGACGGGCGAGCAGUGCACGGGCAAAGGCUGCGGCAAGAUCGUGAGCAUGGACCGGGAUCUCGAGUGCUCGGGCUCGCCACGCCGCCGCGUGUACAUCUGCUUGCUGCACAAGUACAUCCACGCGUGUGACGAGAGCUGCACCAGCACCUUUGGCGACGCGGAGCUGGACCGGCGGGUGUGUCCUAUGCGAGCGUACUGGCUCAUUCAGAAUUGGUUGUUCGACCAGUUGCAAGCUGCCGCUCUACAGCGCCAAAUGCAGCAGCCUCUGAACCCAACAGUUCCUAGUGAGCAGGAGGAAGGAGAACCCGCGCUGAAAAAGGUCAAGCAAGAGGAAGAAGCUCAGCCUCCAGCAGCAGCAGAAGCAGCAGCAGCAGUCAAAGGAGAAGCAGAAGGAGCUCCUGUUACGCCUGCGGCCUGCACGUUCGAAGCAGAAGAAAUCCACCUGGGCGAUCAGUACACGCGGUUUCAGGUGCAAAAGAUUGCCGACUGCCAGAGCACCCAUUGCCGAAACAACUUCCAGUUCCUGGAAGACGGUAUUUAUGCCUGUCGCCGCCACGGAACGCCGCAUAUCUGCACGUUCGAGCAGUGUGACCGACAGGAGCUGCACAUGGGCAGCUACAUUUGC